AGUUAGGCCGCGUUGCCAUGGCGAUGAGCGGGGCCGUUCGGGGGUGGGAGCGCGGGGCUUGGUGGCCGGUAGGAGGCCGCUGGAGUCUGACGCGGAGCCAAAGAUGGACCCCGAGGCGCUCGUCCAGUGUCCCUACGACAAGGCGCACCAGAUCCGGGUGUCCCGGCUGCCUUACCAUCUCGUCAAGUGCCAGCGGAACAACCCGCAGGUGGCUCGCUCGAUGGAGAUCUGCCCUUUCAACGCCAGGCACAGGAUUCCACGGGCCGAGCUGCAGAGGCACAUUGCCUGCUGCCCCGACCAGCGCCUGAUCUUCGACUCUCAGGGGUCGUCUAUGUGCACCGGUGACCAGGCAAAGCAACCCAAGGUCCCCGUGGCCUGGCAGGCCCCCCCGUGCCAAGAGGACUGGGAGGCAGAGGUCAGUGAACUGGAGGAAGCUGCACCCUUUAUCCUCAACACCAGUGUCAGUGAGCUGCCCCUCCAAGGAGACAGCACUGCUCUGACUGCACCCCCAAACUGGAGCGAAGAUGUGGGUCCUGCUGCAGCGACGGUGACAACAGGACUCCUCGUGAAGGGGCCGGGCCAGCAGGAGCAGAACAGACUAAGGAGGGUGGUGGCACAGCCGAGGUGGUGCCCGCCUCCCCACUAGGACCAGGGGAACCACGGUGCAAGCAAGGGCAGCGCCUGCUUGGUAUCCGCUGCAGGGAAUGGUUGUAGGAAUAGGUUUUAAAAACGUUUUGGAAAUAUGUGGUUUGUGAGCAUGCAUGGUGUCCUGUCGCUUUUGGGGAGGGGAACUGCUUGGCCUUGCUGAUAGGGGACAGCAGCAAAAUGGGGACCAUGGUGGGUUGGGGAAGGGGGUUCCAGUAGGAUGAGAGUUGAAGGAUGGGGACAAAGAGGAUCCCCUGGUGUGAGCAUGUCGUGGGUCCACCGUGUUGCUUGUCCCCUGCACUGCUUGGCUGUGCUCUCAGUGUGUUCCGUGCAGCUCCUGCUUGUGGCACAGUCAGUAGGGGAGGGGGAGCAGCAGUUGCAUUUUGGGGCCAGCCCACGUCUCCAUACCCCCCACAGUACAUCCCCACGGCCAGCCUGCGUUCCAACACUGCCCCCCAUAGCAUCCCUGUGUCCCCAGGUGCCUCCAUAACAUCCCAGUCCCUCAGCAGUGUGUCCCCAGGUCACUGGUGCCCCGCUACCCCCCUCAGCCUGUCCCCUUAUCUGAGAUGGGGACAGCACUGAAAAGGACGUCCAGAACCAUCCGGCAUGGCCAAAAUGGCUCCAGGAUGUUUCUGGGUGGGGGGGAACCCACAGAUCCCCGGCUCUGCCAGAAGCAUUCCCCACUCCCCGCUGCCCGUGCUGCCAUCCCACGCCGCACAGCGGAACCUCUUCCCCUGCUCCCACCUCACAGCGCUGCCCCGCAGAGCAGUUUCAUGUGUGCUUUGAACCGUGCCAACAACGGCGUUGCAACACUUGCCGAGAGUUUUGCUCAGAGGGUGGAUCCAGCAGGCAAAGCAGCAGUUGCCCAUCCGGCGUCGGAUCCUCGGUUUCCUCCCGCACGUGCAGGGAGAAUUCCCUUUGCACCUCUCAGCAAAGCCUCUGCUCCUCAGCCACCACUUCUGCUGCUCCUGGCAGAGCUGUCGGAGCGUCGGAUUUUCCUUUUGCCUGGGCCGCGGCCAAGGAGGGCAUGAGGAGGUAGGGAGGAACGGGCUGGGUUUUGGACAGUGAGCAUCACCGCCUGCUUCCAGCACGCAGGCAGAGGCUCUGCAGCUCCCAUCUGGGUCGCUCCAGGGUGUGAAAAGCCGUUUGCAGGGUGCUGCUAGCUGACAGCUGUGGGCUGAGGGCAGGAGGGAGCUGCUGGGAUGGCUGAGAUGGCUCCCGUGUGCAUGCGAGGGGGGUUUUCCUGCAUUGAGGCCGGAUGUUUUUCCCAGUGCACGGAGGAAUUAGGGGCUGGGCUGCCACACCGGCCUUGGGAAGGCACAUCUCUGCCACCCUCAUCAUCCUCUGUGCUUUGUGACCGCCUGUGUAGAGCAGACGGAGCCUGCUGUGCUUUGGAGAAAACGUGGUGGCUCUUCUACGCUCUAUUUUGGGGUGAUUUCCUGCUUGUUCGGUGUUGCCUUGCCGUCCCCAACCCCAAUAUCUCUAACCCCAACCCCGAGUACUUCAACCUCUUCAACCAUUUCUCCCUGUUCUCUUCCAUGGGGUGAUGAAACACCACGUGUGCCACAAGCGCCUGGACCAGCAGAGGCACCCAACCUGCACCGAGGGCUCUGAGCCCCCCACCCAAAGGUGCCAGCGACCCCCUGGGGAUGUGAGCAGUGAGUACCUGGCCACGCUGGCAGCGCAGCGUGAGCUCUUCUGCACGACAGCCAUUAAAAAUUCCCCUCGCCUUAA